GAGGGCUAGACAGUCUCUCAUACCUUCCUUAGCACUCUCUAUAUAUAACUGACAUGGUAUGAAUCACAUACCAUGCAUGACACCGGAUCAAUGGAAUGGACUUCAAUGAAAAUUUAGAGGGCAACAGUUUUACCGAUACAAAGGACUGGAAGCCCAUGUUAUCAGAGUGGAAUGCCUAUGCUGGAGAAGAGUUCGUCAAGUACUUAUCACACUUGGGGGCGAUACCAGAAGUUGACCUGAAUAAUGAUGACGACAACAAUGAGGGGGAGGUGAAGAAGAGCAGAAAGAAAGGGGGAAAGAAGGACGAUUAUCCUUUGGAGGUUGAUACCUAUGGGCUUCCGGUCAUACCGGACGUUGAAGACCUCAGCCUAGAGAGGUUGUGUAGCCAACAAUCAAAGGCAUCUGUUCCUUGGGCCUCAGUGAGGAAGGCUCCAGGUGAUUUCAUUUUGGCCAAGUAUUUACCUACCGGCAUGAAGAUGGAUGAUCCGUCAAAGAUCCGGUUGGCUGAAGCUGACCGGCUGUUAGUGUUUUGGCGUCAGAGACAGAAGGAUAAAAUUCGCCCAACCUUUGAAUUCAAAGCCUGGGAAGGUGACGAUAAGACAAUGAAAGAACCGGUGGAUACAACCUCCAGCAAGGAUUCAGACACCGGACCCAGGGUUCCAGUUAAAAAGUCAACCGGAAAGCUCAGGAGGAGAGUGGAACAGGAUACAAGUGAUGAGGACCAGGAAGACAAGGAUGACAAGGAAGACAAGGAAGACAAGGAAGGAGACGAGGAAGACGUUGUCCAAUCGCCUCCUUCAAAGUCCAAACCGGCCAAAAAGCAGGGCAGGGCCAGUCUGGUUCAAUUUGAGUCGCAUCCUCGACCACCGGUCAAGAAUUCCAUGCCGGUCCCAUCGCCACCUUCAAAGUCCAAAUCAACCAAGAAGCAUGGUAGGGUUGGUCCGGUUCAAUCUAAUUCAGAGGAAGAUUCUCGACCACCGGUCAAGAAAUCCAAGCUCACUGGUGGGGGCAAUGGAAGGUGUCCAGGCCAAGACGCAAAACAAGAGGGCACUGGUGCCCAAACUGACCCCACCUUUCCCAGCAAAGGCCACCGGCAGGAAAACCAAAGAACAUGA